AAUGCAAGAUUUAUUAUUUUGAAAUUUUAAAACGUGAAGCAAAUGUAACUUUACUAUGAAUUCGAAACAAUAUGAAUCUUUACAAAAAGUACUAAUUACCGCAGGAUAUCCAGAAAUUAAAUAUAAAGACAUCGAAUUCGUAAAAACACUCUUAUCAAAACAGAAUAGGGUUCAGUUAUUAACAUGGGCUUACUACCAAAUAAGCAAUGGUAAUUCAUUCGAUAAUUCAGGUUCGGGAGAUUUAUUAGACGAUACAAAAUCAAUCCUCGAACCGUUUUUAAUAGAAAAUGGAUUUUGCCGAAGUAAUGAAGCAGAAAACUUUAUCACGGGAUCCAGUAUUAAAUCAAGUGAAGUGUUCCAAAUUUUAAAACGGAUAUUUUUCUUUAUAACGUGCAAUCAACUUUCUAAAACAAGUGAAGAAGAUGCAGAUAUCAAACCAUUCUCAUCAGAAACACUUUCAGAAGUCUUCAAAAAGAAGCAUAAUGUUCUACCCACUCAUAUAACUCCAAGACAACUUUCUGAAGAUAAGAAACAAAUACUUUACAAAGAAUUUGUGAAAGAAAAUAGUGAUCUUGAAGAAAAAAUUAGGGAAUUGGAAAAUGACUUAUCAUCAAAUGAAGAUUUCAGUUUACCUCAGAAUACAAAUAUUGAAGACCUUGAGCAAAAGCUGAUCGAUUUUGAGGACAAUGAGCAGUUUGAAAAUUGUAUUAGUAAUUUUACGUUGGUUAAGAGGAUGAAUAAAUCAAAUGUUUUUUCACAGAAUGUUAAUGAAUUAACUCAACAGUCAUCCAUUGUUCAUGAUGCCUUAAAUCAUGUAAACGAUUUGUUAAAAAUGGUCGAGUCUGCAAAAUUUUUGAAACAAUUGGAAGAUAAUGUAACACAACUUCAAAAUGGUAUCAAGACUGAAAAUGACGUGAAUACUGAAAAUAUUAAAAUUUUAGAAAACACAUUGGCUACAUUAAAGGAAUAUGGGAAUCAAUAAAAUUGUUUUAAUCAUUCUUUAUUGAUUCCUUCAUAGCUAAGGAGAAGUGCUAUUGAUCAAGUUAUUUUUCCUUUUGCGAAAAUUUGUCCUGGGGGUAUUCGAACAUUUU